AUGCGGAACUUAGUUCUCCUCCUCACCACCACGUUCAUCCUCGGCCUCCUCGGCUGCGUAGCGGUCGAAGCCACCUUCGCCGAUGCUGUCGCUUCGCCGCCCUUGAGACUGGCCUGGUCCUGCACGCUUGCCCUCGCUCCCGGCCAGCAGGCACCGCAGGUGAACGCGCUCGUAUCGGUCAAUACCCCGGUGGCCACCGUCACGCUGACAGGCCCGGACUGGGAGAUCUGUCUGGUGGGCCUUUCGUUGGACGACGGCACAGUGUUGUGGAACAACUCCGGCGUGGAGGGCACAUACCAGGGCCAGAACUACACCGUGCCGUACACAAAUGCGGCGGCGCUGAGGCGCGACGCUCUUGUGGCCGACUUCAGCCGAGUAGUCACCCUCGGCAAUCUCACGGGGAGGGAGCGCUUGUCGCACGGGCUCGACUACGAUCGCAAUAGCAACACGGUGCUGCUCAGCCGCUGGGAGUUCGUCUACAUCGUCAAGUGGGACUACCCCCAAAACCUGCUCCUCCGCCUGCAGGCUCCCGACUACGGCCUAGACCGCCCCGCUGCCACCCAUGCCUUUCCCAGCACCAACACCUUUGGGACCGCCCCGAACCUCUUCCCGGCACCGCGCAGCGGGGCGCUGCUGCACUCCUACCUUGUGCGUAAUGGCACCCGCGACUCUCUCACUCUCGAGCGCCUCCAGCCAUCUACACUCAAGCCCCUCUGGUCCAUCGAGGGCUUUGACACGGCUGCGGGGAUCGCCAUCUCGCGCCCAAUGGAGGACGUCGUGGUGGUGACCAACACCACGUUCGAUGCCCCGACGUGGCGCUCGCAGCUCUCCGCCUACUCACUGGCCGACGGCAGCCUGCGCUUCGCCUGGCCCCUGGAGUGGGGCACGCCGUCUUACGUGGCCUUCUCCUACGAGGGCACGGCGCACAACUCCAGCACCGGAGCGCAGCGCAUGUGCACGAGUGUGUCCACCUGGUUCUCGCCCAAUAACGACCAGCGCACAGGGCUUAUCUGCAUGGACCCUUCGACUGGCCGCGUGACUCUGAACGUCACCCUCAAGGCGGAAGACGAGAAGUCCAGCAGGGCGAGCCUGAUGGCGAUCUAUGAGACUUGGGCGCUGCUCAAGGACGAGACCACGGGCGAUCUGCUCGCCAUCGACUGCUUUGACCAGCAAACUACCACCGCCGAGGGCACCCUCCCCAAGCCGGCCUGGGUGCUGCCCGGCCAGAGAGAUCUGGUGUCGCUGUCGUUGAGCGAGGACGGCCUGGCGUUCAUGCUGGCGACGUACAAGUCAGGCCGUGUGGCCAGGUGGAAUGGAACUUUCCCUUGA